ACUUCUCGGGGUCCCCUGAGCCAUCCUGCUGGGGAGGUGGGCGGGGCAGCCUCAGGGGCUGGGGUAUUAGAGUGGUUCCCAGCCGGCACCCCUGGCUGCCACUGGCUGCUCAGCCUCCCUCGCUUAGUGGGGUCCUGAGUGGGCUGGGGGCUGCACUGCCCUGGAACCGGAGGCCACAGGUCCCUGCCUCCUGCGCCAGGGCGAGAGCUCAGGCCCCGUCCCCCACUGCUGGGUGGAGCCCUGCCAGUGCCUCCCCGUCCCCAGCUGAGCUGCGUCCCGAGUGCAGGCCUGCGUUGUCUGCAAAUUGCGAGGGCCCAGGAAGGGGCGGAGUCCAUUCCCAGAAGUUUCUAGAGCAGAGCUGUCUUUGAACUGUGAGCCCGCGGUGCUCCUGGAGAAAGAGGGGUCGAUACUGCUCAGCAGAGCACCUCCGGAAACAGGCCCUGAGCAGGUCCUUGCUGGAGGUGGCGGGAGGGGCCGCAGCUCUGGGCCCCGGCAGACCUGGGCUGGGCAGUGGUGGGGGCGGUGAGCUCCCUGGAGGCCCCUGCUGGAGUCAGGGCGUCCUGGGCUUCCCUGGGCGAGGGGCCUUGUGGGUCGGGUGGAGCCCAGGCUGCUGAGCAGUGGCCACGUCUGUCCAUCCUGGCUCAGGGCAGCGCUGGCCCAGCCCUCCCUGCAGUGUGGCAGGGCCGUCCUCACUCCUCAUGGCAGUGGCCUUACGGGGCCCUGGGGCACACCUGGGGACCUGCUUGGUCGUCAUAAGUGGGGGUGGGGCCAGGGGUGCUGUGGAAUACUCUAGAGCACAUGGUGUGACCCCAGCCCAGGGUCACCGCCCCAGGCUGAGCCUGCCCCGCCCAGCCCAGCCUGCCGGUGGCUUGCAAGCCUUCCCCACUGCGGCCUCAGCAGGCCGUUUCGGGGUUUUAUUUUUGUGUGCACCCCUCCCCUCUCCCUGUUGUGUCUCCCUCCCGAGGAAGAGGGCGGAGGCUGCACGGCCGUCCACCUCUGCCCACUGUCCCCCUGGUCCAGUCUCCCAGUGUUGGUGCUGCCACCCAGCCCUGCUCCUGAGCUGAUUCCUGUUCCCGGGAGUCACCGCCUGUGGGUUUUUUUUAAGGUUUAUUUAUUUGAAGGACAGUGUUACAGAGAGACAGAGACCAAUCUUCCAUCUGCUGGUUCAUCCCUCAAAUGGCCACAAUGGCCAGGGCUGGGCCAGCCUGGAGCCAGGAGCUUCCGGGUCUCCCAUGUGGGUGCAGGGGCCCAAGCACUUGGGCCACCUGCUGCUGCCUUCUCGGGUGCGUUAGAGAGCUGGGUCAUGGUUUACCGAGGUCUGGCGCUGUGGCACAGUGGGCUAAGCUGUGCGGCACCAGCAUUCACGUGGACUCCAGCUGCAGGCCCGGCUGCUCCACUUCUGAUCCAGCUCCCUGCGAUGUCCCUGCCGCCCACCUGGGAGACCCGGAUGGACUUGUGGGCUCCUGGCUUCAGCCUGGCCCAGCCCUGGCCACUGUGGCCAUUUGGGGAGGGACCCAGCAGGUGGAAGGUCUUUGUCUCCCUCUGCCCGUCAGAGAGCACAGCUUCAAGUAACUUAUUUGAAAGGCACGGCAGCAUCCCCCACCCAUUGGUUCACUCUGAGUGCUAGGGUGACGCCUGCAGGGCAGCAGGGACCCACCUGGGUGAGCACAUCGUCAGGAAAACCCGGGGAAGGUGAGACUGGGCACAUCCAUGGCCACUCGGCUGUGGGAGCACAGGGUCCACUGGGUUCUUGGUAGGCUUUGGCCUGUGGGCAGCCCCUGCCCCAGGGGGCAGAGGCACCCCAUGGUUUCUGGCCUGGAGCCCUGUGGCCACUGGGAAGUAGUGGCCGACUCCAGGUGCAGGCAGGGCGGUGAGGGCCCUCCGGGUUCCCAGUGGGUGGAAGGAGCACCCCAGAGGUGGGACGUUGGUUCCCACCCGGGGCAGGCCUGGCUGUGAUGUGCACACGCCCACCCGAGCUGCAGCACACAGCUAGUAAUGGCCAACAUCCUGUGAGGCCCGCCUGGCCGCUGCUCCCUGCCAACCAGAGACGCGGUGGACGUGGCCGGCUGCUGGGUGCAGGGCUCCGCGGUCACGCACUGCAAGGAAAUCGGGGGUUCCUGGUCUUAAAGUUUACAGGGGCCGGCAAACUGCAGUGCCGCAUCCGUUAUGGGCACCGGUUCUAGUCCCGGCUGCUCCACGUCUGAUCCAGCUCUCUGCUACGGCCUGGGAAGGCAGUGGAAGAUGGCCCAAGUGCUUUGGCCCCUGCACCUGCGUGGGAGACCCAGAGGAAGCUGCUGGCUCCUGGCUUUGGAUCAGCUCAGCUCUGGCUGCUGCAGCCGUCUGGGGAGUGAACCAGUGGAUGGAAGACCUCUCGCUCACCACCCCCAACUAACUUACAAAUAAAUGAAGAGGGUGGCCAGGCCUGCUGCCCCCACCAGGCCGCUCUGGAGGUUUGUGUGAGUCUGUCACACACACAGUGAGCGCCACCCAGGGCCGCUGGGCUGGACACUGCCGGCCCAGGUCUGGCUCUUCCCUGCUCUGUCAGCAUGUUUCAGCGUGUGGUCCAGCACCUCCAAGCACCAGUCAUGGCUCCGCCCCAGCUGACGGAUCACGGGGUCCUGUCCCAGGAGACAGGACACUGAACCCCGUCCUGGUUCAGAUGGAGAAGUGGGUGGGGGCCUGUCUCACGGUGUGGACAAAGCACGGCAAGCAUCCGGGCCCCAGAAGAUGGACGGAUGCCCCCACCCCCACCCUGCUCGCAACAGACAGCGUUCUGAGGGUACACAGUGGGGCCAGGGGCAGUGCAGCUGUGCCAUCCGGCUGGCCCUAGGGCAGGGUGGGGGGUCAGCACACAGAGCCCAGACCGUCCCUGGGGCUCGGACACCCAGCCCGGAGCUGGGAAGCUGAGAACUUGUGUGGGGACCUGUCAGUCACUCUGCCCCGAAACAUGAAGCUGUUGACCUUUGAAGCUUGGCCUGUGGCUUCCUGUCCACCACCUGUGCCUCGCCCUGGGUCGGCAGCCGGGAAGGCACUGCAGGGUCACUGGCCAGUGGCCGGUACUCACAGCUGAAACUCAGGUCCUCCCCCGGGCCGUCCCCCCAUCCCUCGCUGUGUGGGCAUUUCUUCCUGGUGGUCAGCUGGGAGUGGCUCUGCCCCCAGGUCUGUCCAUGUGGCCACGCCCUGGGCCCUGCUGUGCCCAGUGGAACAGACACCAUAGGGGCUCCACCAAGGUCUGAGGGACAGCUCACCCCUGUCUGCUGUGUCCCAGGCAGGGAGGGGUGAGGGGGGGUCCUGCCCCCUUCCCCAUAUCCUAUUCGCCCAUGACCGGGGUCUCAGGAACUGUGUGAGAAUCCCACCCCAGUCUUUCCAGGGGCUGCUUCGCUUGUGUGUCCACAUCUAUGCCUCCCCGUAGCAUCGGACUGCAUCCUCUGGCCCUGGUCGGGUCGCCCCUCAGAGGCUGUCCCUGGCCCCACCCUCUAUGCUCUUGCGUGGGGUGACCUGGCCUCCCCAGCAGGUCUGUGGUCAGCCUGAGGAGGGCAGUAUGGGAGCCCAUGCUGGGUCCCAGCAUUGGGGUUCUGCCUCCAGCUCUGGCCAAGGUGGACCAGGCGGGCAGCAGGGCGUGGCUCAAGUCACUGGGUCCCUGCCACCCGCGUGGCCUGACUUCCUGGCUCCCGGCUUUGGCCCUGACCCAGCCCCAGCUGUUGCAGACAUUUGGGGAGUGAGCUGGCAGGCAGCAGAUCUUUGUGUGUCUCUGCCACUGAGGGACAGGGAUGGGACAUUGGGUUUAGUCCUGAACCCGUUUGUGGGCCGACGGCGGGGGUGGGUGCCGUGGUUUCCUUCCUGCCGAGCAGGGCUGCCUGGAAUGUCCGAGUCCCUGGCACAGGAACCAGCGCUUGGUUCCCAGUCUGCAGGCCCUAUGGGCUGUCUGGCCACGCCUCCCACAGCAAGGGGAGGAGGGCCCAGGGCCCCCGUCUGGCCAGGGGCUUGGCCAGAGCGGCUUUCUUCUGCCCUGGUUGUCUUCUUCCCAGCCUGACAGAUGCAGGCUAGAAGCAAGGCUGGACGUCUUGGUCCAGUGAGCAGCCCCGGUCACUCCUGGGCACCCAGCCCAGCCCAGGGAAGAGCAGGAGCUCUGGUUGUGGCUGCGGGAGGGGCAGGUGGCCUGGUGGGCAGCCCAGGCCGGCUGCUGGCUCUCUGCUCAUCUGUGGCUACUUCCUAUUGGGGGGGGGGGGCUCUGUUGCCCUCCUGCCUCUGCUGACCUCAGAGGGGACCAGAUGGGCAGGGGAAGGGGUUGCAGCCUCCACCCAUCCUCGCCUGGGGGUCCGGGGCCCCUGAACAGGGCUCAGCAGCCAGGGCCCUUGCAGACUUCAGCUUUUGAGCCUCGUGGCGGGGUCUUAGCCCAAGUUCCACAAGCAGAGCCGGAGGCCAGGGGACCUGCUGGCCAGGGCAGAGUUCCGACGCCCAGGCCCCUUCUAGGUGGGUGCUGGGAGCUGACCCUGCAGCCUGCCUGGAAACCCCCUCCAUGGGGACAGACCGUCAGAGACCACGAGUGACAGCCCGGCAGACAGAGGCGGGGUCAGCGCCAGAGCCAGCAGAGGUCAGGCCUCCGGGAGUGCGAUGGAGACAGACGGACAGGAGGGAGGCCGCCAGCGCUAAUGGAAACCAGUUAGAAAAACAGGAGGCGAGGCUAGGAGGGGCCAGGCCCUGAGCUCGGCCAGGCUGGCCUUGUUUUUCCAGAACCAAAGGCCAGGGAGGACGGAGGGGGACAAGUUCUCCGGAGGAGCCCCGCCCUAGGGCCGCCUGGUCCUGCUGGGGUCCCGGGUGGGGCGGGGGCUUCUGCGUCCUCGCAGCCAGACACCCACGAGGCUUGUGCUGAAGGCCCCCAGUCUGGGCUGGGCUGAGCUCUGAGCUCCUCUGGGGACGUGGGGACCAGGCCAGGUUCUUGAGAGACCCCCGCCCACCGGGGACGGGGCCUGCCGCAGUAACUGAACCCGAUGGGCGGGCUAAACCAUGCACAGUGCAUUUUUGUGGUUGUGUGGAUUUUUUUUUUUUUUUUGAGGUUUGCUUAACUAGAAGGAGUGGGUUUGGGACACCGUGCACUGUUAUUCUGCUUUGUUUAUGUGAGUCUAACUUUUCCCAGAGCUGCAGCUGCACUUGGGGGGGGGACUCCCCACUUCCUCCCUGUGGGGGUCUCCCAGCAGUGUAGUCUACAUGGUUGGCCCAGUAGGGGAGGGGUCUGCUCAGGGCCCCACCUUCUGCUGGCCCUUCUGGGUCAGGCGUGAGGCCGGGCAGCAGCGCCACUCACACCACCCGUGGCCCCACGGAGGACGAGCCACAGUCACCCCGAGUCCCUGGUCUGGCAGCCAGGCCGCCCGGGGAGCACAGGUGGGAGGCAGCCUGGGCUCCCAGGGGUCUUGACCUCCAGGGAGGACCCUGCCCUCCCAGGAGGCCAGUCCUGCAGUGGUCUGCAGUGGUCCAGGGAGCUCCUACUGCCGAGGUUCUCCCCGGGCAUCAGGGGUCUGCACCCUCGGGGCCACUCCUCAGGACUGGCCAGUGAGGGGGCUGGGCCUCUGCGCGGCUCCUCCUCCCAUCCAGGGCAGGGGGGCUGCAGCGCCCUCCCCACCAGGCCGGGCGGGAGUGGGCGGUCCUCGGAUGGCUGCCGGCCCAGGGCUCCGUGAUGUCACAGCAGUGCUCCGAGGGGGAGGGGGUCGGCUGUUUUUCUGGAGUGGAGGAGUGGAAGAGACAAAGCGGGCCCGGGGGCCGGGUGGGCGCCAUGGAGUCGCCGUCCCAGGCCCUGCUCUGGAAACUUGUGCUUCUGCAGAGCUCCACCGCCCUGCUGUCCUCAGGGCCCGCAGCGCCCGGGCAAGCGGACAGCUCGGUGGUGUCCGAGUCGGCGGUGAGCUGGGCCGCCGGCGCCCGCGCCGUGCUGCGUUGCCAGAGCCAGCGCAUGGUGUGGACCCAGGACCGGCUGCACGACCGCCAGCGCGUGGUCCACUGGGACCUUAGCGGCGGCGCCGGGCCGGCACGCCGGCUCGUGGACAUGUACUCGGCGGGCGAGCAGCGCGUGUACGAGCCCCGCGACCGCGGCCGCCUGCUGCUGUCGCCCUCCGCCUUCCACGACGGCAACUUCUCGCUGCUCAUCCGCGGCGUGGAGGACUCGGACGCGGGGCUGUACACCUGCAACCUGCACCACCAUUACUGCCACCUGUACGAGAGCCAAGCCGUGCGCCUCGAGGUGGUCGACCCGCCCCACACUCCGCGAGCCUACUGGGACGGCGAGAAGGAGGUGCUGGCGGUGGCGCGCGGCGGGGCCGCGCUGCUGACCUGCGAGAACCGCGCGCACGUGUGGACGGAGCGGCACGUGGAGGAGGCGCAGCAGGUGGCGCACUGGGACCGGCAGCCGCCCGGGGUGCCGCACGACCGCGCCGACCGCCUGCUGGACCUGUAUGCGUCCGGCGAGCGCCGGGCCUACGGGCCGCCGUCCCUGCGCGACCGCGUGGCCGUGGCGGCCGACGCCUUCGCGCGCGGCGACUUCUCGCUGCGCAUCGACCCGCUGGAGCCGGCCGACGAGGGCACGUACUCCUGCCACCUCCACCAUCACUACUGUGGCCUGCACGAGCGCCGCGUCUUCCACCUGCGCGUGCACGAGCCCCCCGCCGAGCCGCCCCCGCGGGGGUCGCCGGGCAACGGCUCAGGCCACAGCGCCUCCCCCGGCCCAGACCCCACGCUGGCGCGCGGCCGCAGCGUCAUCAACGUCAUCGUCCCCGAGAGCCGCGCGCAGUUCUUCCAGCAGCUGGGCUACGUGCUGGCCACGCUGCUGCUCUUCAUCCUGCUGCUGGUCACCGUGAUCCUGGCCGCGCAGCGCCGCCGGGCAGGCUACGAGGGCUCGGACAAGCCGCCAGCGAUGUCAAAGCGGAAGCAGGUGACCAUGGCGGAGUUUGCCGUGGCCGCAGGAGGCCGGACGCUGCACGGGAGCGAAGACAUCCAGCUAGAUUACAAAAACAACAUACUAAAGGAGAGGGCUGAGCUGGCCCGCGGCCCCCAGCCUGCCAAGAACGUGGACCUGGACAAAGAGUUCAGGAAGGAGAGCUGCAAGUAGGGGACCCCUACUCCUGGCUGGGCCAGCAGCUUUACCGACGGCCGUCCACCCCGGAGGACGCACUCACUCCGCACGCGCCCAGCGGCUGGUCCCGCUGUCCUGGAACCUGCCUGGACUGGCACAGCGCCAGGCCACCUGCAGGCUCCUCUCCUGGGAGCCACCCUGACCCCCUGCAGUGACCCUGGGCUCCCGGCCAUUCUAGUCACUGGUGGCCCUGGCCCUUUGUCCCCCCCUUGGCACAGCCAAGAUCUCGCUGGCGUCCGAACCCUCAGGUCUCCCGGCCUCUGCCCCCGCUGGGGCCUGGAAGAUCCUGUUGGAGGGGCCGCAGGCUGACCUGGGUCAGGGACCCCCUGCGGCUGCUGAGCCCCCGGGGGCUGCACAGUGCCCAGUCCCAGCCCCAGGCCAGCUGCAGCCUGUCCUGCACAGGGGCUUGAGGGCCCAGCACACUCAGGCUCCGGGCUCACCCCUCUGGGCUGUCCACCUCGGGGCUGCCCUGUGGCCGCUUCUCCGCUUUCAACCCCACCUCCGGCCUCCGUGUCCACCACCGCCGCCCAGGCUGCGUUUGGCUUCUCCUCUGGCUGAGCGGUGCAGGGGUGGCCCCGGCUCUUGAGCGAGCCGUGCUGCCCUGUCCACACCCCAUCUGUUCCUGGAGGAGCUGUCCCUCACAAUAAAAGCCACUUCCGACGGUGA